GCAGAAAUGGAGAUGGUGUGGAAACCUGUCCGGCUGCAUUGUCGUCGCGGUGGUCAUAGCCCUCUAUGUUCUCGACUUUUUUUGUCCGCCACAUUUGCCUGGUAAGUACUUGACCUUCUCCACGCACGACCACUUCGUCGGACGAGGUUUGCUCUUGCUGGCUGCGGUGGCCUUCGUUGUUACGAUUUUUCUCAAGGCGUCUUCGUUCCCUGGCGCGCCACUCAUUCUGACGACCUACAUCGGGCCUGCAAUAAUUAUCGUGAUUGGCAGGCGAUGCCAGGGACAAGGGCCUCGAGCGGAUGUCGCAGAUAUAGAUGUCAUCUCAGAUGGUACAACAUCUGACCUGACGCUGCGGAAGGCGAGGCUGCUGGAAUUCGUCAGGUCAGAGGAGGACCAGAAGGUGCUCUACUCGGCCGCCACCUGGGCGUUCUCACUCACUGGCACGCUGUGGCUGGUCAUCUGGAUACCAUGGGCCGUCGUGAGCGAGGCGGAGACAAAGCGAAGGAUGGCCGAAGCAGACGGCCGUGCGGGGCGAGAGUUGUUCUUCAUCAGGUGGGCCGUUCCCGUCAUCGUGGCAGUUUCCCACAUCGUUUUUGCCAGCUUCACAGGCCUGAGGGUCGCCAUGAACAGCGCGUACAACGCGACGGACGUGCGCAAGAACAAGCUAUAUGUGGGCAGGCACCCUGGCUGA